GGAAGUUACUGUCAGGAAGUUUCGCAGCCGUAGUGAAUAGUUGGCGUUAGAGUGUUUCGGGUCCACGUGGAGUCGCGGCGUGAGGGUAGGGGGCUGAAGGCAGGCGACAGAGGGGAAAGGCGCCCUUUUCCUGCGGCGCGGGCCUUGGCCUACUCCUCCUCCUCCGGUAGGUGUUGGACGUGCGCGCUGCGAGAUGGACACUCCCCCGCUUUCAGGUUCGGACUCGGAUUCUGAUGAUUCUCUUGUCACAGACCGAGAGUUGCAGGAUGCGUUUUCUCGAGGGCUUCUGAAGCCAGGCCUAAAUGUCGUGCUAGAAGGGCCGAAGAAAGCCGUGAACGACGUGAAUGGCCUGAAGCAAUGUUUGGCUGAAUUCAAGCGGGAUCUGGAAUGGGUUGAAAGGCUUGAUGUUACUCUCGGUCCGGUGCCAGAAAUCAGUGGACCUCAGUCAACAUCUCAGAACAAGGAUCAGAAAACUGUUGAUCCAGAAGAUGACUUCCAGCGGGAGAUGAGCUUCUACCGUCAGGCCCAGGCCGCAGUGCUUGCAGUAUUACCCCGCCUCCAUCAGCUCAAAGUCCCUACCAAGCGGCCCACUGAUUAUUUUGCAGAGAUGGCCAAAUCUGAUCAGCAGAUGCAGAAGAUUCGACAGAAACUGCAGGCUAAACAGGCUGCCAUGGAGAAAUCUGAAAAGGCUAAGCAACUGCGAGCACUUAGGAAAUACGGAAAGAAGGUACAAACAGAGGUUCUUCAGAAGAGGCAGCGGGAGAAAACGCACAUGAUGAAUGCCAUUAAAAAAUACCAGAAAGGCUUCUCUGAUAAACUAGAUUUCCUUGACGGAGAUCAGAAACCUGUUGCACGGGGCUCGAAGGAAGGAGCUAAAGGCCAGCAGACGAAGAAGGGUCCCAAUGCCAAACGACGCUAUAAAAACCAGAAGUUUGGUUUUGGUGGAAAGAAGAAAGGCUCCAAGUGGAAUACUCGUGAGAGCUACGAUGAUGUGUCCAGCUUCCGGGCCAAGAAGGCUCAUGGCAAGGGCCUCAAGAGGCCUGGAAAGAAAGGAUCAAAUAAGAGACCUGGAAAACGGACAAGAGAAAAAAUGAAGAAUAGAGCACAUUAAGCAGCAUCUUUGUAUACAAAGAACCAAGAAAAAAGAAUGAAGAAUCGGGAUCUCACUGUAUAGUUGAAUCCCUUAGGUUGGUUUCUUUUUGUAAAAAAUUAAUUCAAUAAACUAAAAAAUUAUCAAAAAAAAAAAAUACACCCUUGGGUGAAAACUCAGUUAAGACUAAAAGAUUUAGAAGUUACUUUUCCAUAUUAAAUAAUACUUUUAUUUAUUGAUAAUAAUGUAGACAUUGAGUCCAAAUUGCCUUCUUUUUAUGGUAGAUGAAGAUUUGACACCGUCAUCAGUUUCUCUUCCUGUCCUCCCAAUUACAUCAUGAUUUCACGUAAAUCAAUACCUAGUGUUUAUGUCAUUAUGGUUGCUUAAGGACCAAUCAAUCACCAGAGAGCUUGAUGUGCUAAGAUAAUACUUCCUUUGUAGUACACUUUUUGGUUUUUCUUUGAGAUAAUUAUCACCUUAUAUUCCUUCUACAUUGUUAUUUUUUUCUAGAUGUUUCAUCCUUUGCCCAUCUUUUAAUUUUUCUGCUGUAAGCAAGGUCUGCCAUACAGCUGUCACUCUGUCUCUUUUCUAAACUUUCUAGGUUGGCUCCACUAUUUCCUGGAUCUCGUAUUUUCCUGUCUUAGUUUAUGCUUCCUUUGCUCUACACCAUCUUCUAGUAUCUUCCUAAGAAUGGGAACAUAGGAGUUGAAUUUUUGUUUCUUUGCAUUUCUGCAAUUCCCUUUAAUGCAGCUGGUAUGAAUUUUCCCUGGGAAUGUUGCAGGCGUGCCUCUUUGUCUUAUAGCCUCCUAUGUUGCCGAUGAGAAGAUGGUGCCAUUUUAGUUCUCACUCUUCUCUCUGGAAGGUUUGUUUCUCCCUGUGAUCUGAAAUUAUUCCAUGAUGUGCCUUGAUGUGUGUUUGUUUUUGUUCUUUGAGUAGGGUAUUUGGAAAGAUUCAGGCUCUUCGGUUCUGGGACUAUUUAUUUGAUAACUUCCCCCCUAUUUUCUUUGUUCUAAUUCUAAUUUCUGUUUGUCAAAUGUUGCACCUCUUCUGAUCUCCUAAGUUUGUGUUUGUAUUUAAAUUACUCUUUGGGGGAAAGACCCUUGAUUUUUUUUCUAAUCAUUUUAUUGAAUAUAUAUUUUAGCUUUCAUUUUUUACUUUGUCCUCCAAGCAUUCUUUCUUCUCUAAUUGGUCCUUAUUCAGAUCAUUCUACUCUUAUUCUGCAGAUGUGGUUUCCAAUCAUAUCUCUCAGAAUGUGAAUUAUAGUUUUUGUUUCUUAAAAGAAGUUUCUUCUUUUCUCUUCAUUCUGGUACCUUGGGAUUCCUUGAACCCCACUGUGUGCUUUUAGGUCUCCAAAAAUAAACUUAUUUUUAAUAAACUAAUUUCACUUAACGGAAGUCUGAGCAAAGAGGUCAUAUUUUCAGAAGAUCAAGGUAUUUUCCCCCGACCUAUUUUUGACAAUCUGUAUAAUAUUAGUGAAUGGAGUAAAGUGUAGGAAUUCAGAUAAGGAGCCUCAGGAUCAAUUGGAAACUUUGAAUUCUGUUUGGAAGAUAUUGAGAGUUUUAAGAAAGGAGGACGUGGGUUAAUAGCAAUUCAUGCUGGUGAGGUCAAAAGUAAGUUAUUAAUACUAAGUACUUAAAAAAGAAACUAUGUCCCUUUCUUCCUUUUUUUUUUUUUUUCUUUUUGGUAUAGCAGAGACUUGCAAAUGGAAUAACUUUUCUUAAUUUCAGAGAUAUACUCUGUAUAACUCAUUUAUAUCACUACUAAUAUUCCAGCCUUCAAAAUAUAGCCAAGGUGCAGGUGCUAUAUUUGUCAUAUUCGUGCAUGGAAAGGUAGGAGCCUAGCAUUUCCCACUACCUAGUACAGGCUGUUCUUGUUUUGCUUUGUUCCAGUAGGCAUGGAUUUCAGUUAUCAAGGUACAAUUAAAAUAAGAGUAGUUUCUCAAUAAGUUGUUCACAUUUAGUUACCAAGCAUUGUUAACUGUACCUGCAGAAAGUAGAAACUCUUCAGUCCUCAAAUCACUAAAUAAAUUAAAGAUGUAUAAUGAUUUCAAAGUCUGUUGGCGAUUGGUCCCUGCACAUCUGUUACUUGAAUCCAAAUUUAGAAAGGAUUAAGACAAUUUGCUGAGGCAUAGAAACAAUGCUUGCUCCAUGUUAUGUACAACAAGAAAAAAUAAGGCUAGCACUGUUUUAUUUUUAUAAAUGAAUAACUAAAA